UUUAAAAUUUUAUGGCAUGAAAAAUGGACUUCUUCCCUACCUUAGAUGAUUGUGUGUAGUAACACAGCCACAAAAAAAAGCCCCUUCACAUGAGGACAAUGGGAAAGACUCCGGUCCUUCCACUUCAUCAUGUUGUCUUCUUAUUUCUGCUUGUAUUCCAAGCCACUGGCCAGCAGCAGCCAGGACUCACGAGUCCAUAUAUUGCCCCAAGAACGAAUCAAGUACCCGCGGUAAUCAUUGGAAUGUUUAUGUUCACACUCUUAUUCAGUAUGUUGGCUUGUUGCGUUUGCUAUAAAUACACAAGCACAUCUCCUCCUGGAACCACCUCUGACACCGAUGGAGGAGGUGGAGAAGUAGCGUGGACGAGGAGGACAAGCCGUGGACUUGAACCGGAUGUGAUAAAGUCGUUUCCUUCCUUUCUUUACUCACAAGUUAAAGGGUUAAAGAUAGGCAAAGGCGGCGUGGAAUGUGCCAUCUGCCUGAACGAGUUUGAGGACGAAGAAACGCUGCGGUUGAUGCCUCCUUGUAGCCAUGCAUUUCAUGUUGUUUGCAUCGAUGUCUGGCUCUCUUCUCGCUCUACCUGUCCAGUUUGUCGUGCUAAUCUCCCUCCCAAACCAGGUAGCGAUCAAAGCUCUUUAAAUCCAUGUAUACAUUCACAUGAUAAUCAGGAUAUGGAUCUUGAAGAUGGAAACACGCGAAGAAGUGUAUUGGAAUCUCCAGAUGUACGUUUGUUAGAUAGAUUGAGCAAUAACACUGGGGCAAACAGACCCCCUCGGUCGAGGUCAACAGGGUUAUCAAACUGGAGAAUAACGGAGAUUUUGUUCCCAAGAUCUCAUUCAACCGGGCAUUCUCUAGUUCCACGUGGAGAGAACCUUGACAGAUUCACAUUGCAGUUACCAGAAGAGGUACGUAGGCAAUUGAGCCUCACGACGUUACCACAAGCUAGGAGUUCAAGGCAAGGAUAUAGGAGCGGUAGCGUUGGGAGCGAGAGGAGAGGUAUUCCUCAUGGACGCCGAUAUAAUAGACGGAACAUUUCUCUUUCUUUCUCUUUCUCUUUUCAAACUGCCUCUCUCCAGUCAGCUAAAGGCAUCAAGGAAAAGGAGCUAGGAGAAGGGUCAUUUGAACGCCUUAGGCCAGAGAUGCAUGGUCUGGUCUAGUAUAAAUUUGUUGACUACAUCAACUUUUCUUAUUGACAAGGUUAGAUUAUUAUAGAGAACGUCAUCAGGUGUGUCUUAACCAUGAAAAACAAUAUUAUAUAUGUAGGUUUGUAUACAAAUUGUGUGGAGGUAAACAAGAGCACAAGAGAGCUAUAUUGUACAGUUUCUAUGUGAAUCGAAGGAUUUAAUAGUAUAUGAUUGUGAACUUUGGAUUAUAAUUACGAUUGAUAUAAAAAUUAUCCUCUUCUUUAUAACAAUUCUUCCGAGUUAUGUAAGUAUCAACCUAUAUAGGAUGCUCAUGUAAUGUUCAUGUGAUACUAGAAUGUU